AUGUUUUCUUUUUCUCUAUUAUAUUUUUUAUUUCUUAAUAUUAUAUUUUUUAAUAAAUUACAAUGGAUUGAUGCUGGUCGUAAUGAUAAAUAUUCAGAAGAUUUAACUAAAAAUCCUGAUUUCGGAAAUCUUCCCCCUCGUCCAGGUGAACAUGGUUCUCAGGUACCUUCAGAUUGGGACUGGAAGCCUGUGCUAGUCGAUGAUAUAAAUAGUAAUGAUCGUCUUACGCGAGAUCAUGCUAAUAGAUUGUAUCAAAAAAAUAUACUAUAUUCUAUUUUAUCGCAUCAAGAAAAUGAAGCAAGAAAGGAAUAUGAAGCAAAAGAACAAGAACAUAUUCGCAAUAAACAAAUUGAAUACAAUAACAAUAUGAAAAAACAAUGGAAACAAGAUCGAAUGGAUUCAAUACCAAGCAAAUGUAUAAUUUCACGACGAUAA